AUGAAGUACCCUCGGCUUUAUUCUAGGUGGAGAUCUCUUCGCCCUGCAUCUUAUUACUACUCUGGGACAUACACAACAUCGUACGCUUUACUCGAAGCGCUCUGGGAUGCCGGAGUUCGAUAUGUGUUUGCUAACCUUGGUUCUGACCAUCCUGCGGUGAUGGAGGCCAUCAUCAAAGGACAGAGGGAACGGAAAGAUCGAUUCCCCCAGAUUAUAACUUGUCCUCACGAGAUGGUAGCAAUGUCAAUGGCGGAUGGAUAUGCCCGUAUCAGCGGCACUCCGCAGUGUGUCCUAAUCCACGUUGAUGUCGGUACCCAAGGCCUUGGGCCUGCUGUCCACAAUGCUUCCUGUGGCCGCACGCCCGUUUUCAUCUUUGCUGAUCAAAAACAGAUUGUGGCCCAAUAUUGCCGAUAUACCAGUGAGUUAAAGACCGGGAAAAAUGUCAAGCAGAUGGUAAACAGAGCCCUCCAAUUUGCUAGCAGUGCGCCAAAGGGUCCGGUCUACAUGGUUGCAGGAAGGGAGAUACUGGAAGAAGAGAUCGAACCAUAUACCCUUGACCAGAAGCUAUGGUCUCCUAUACUGCCCUCUGCCCUACCACAGGAUGCGGUGGAGAACCUUUCGAGGCGCUUGGUAAAUGCAAAGCACCCGCUCGUGAUUGUAGGGUAUACGGGUCGUCAUGAGAAAGGGUUUACUGAACUAGUGAAGCUGGCAGAGUUGAUAAGGGGCCUCCGUGUGCUGGAUACCGCGAUGUCUGACGUGUGUUUCCCUGCCGACCACCCUGCCUAUGUUAGUAUGAAGAAUGGCACAAACGCAAUCACUACGGCAGAUGUUAUCUUGGUGGUUGACUGCGACGUACCCUGGAUACCUACACAGUGCAAGCCUUCACCCUCUGCCUCAAUAUUCCAUAUCGACGUUGAUCCGCUGAAGCAACAGAUGCCCGUUUUUUAUAUCAAUUCACAGGCAGCUUACCGUGCAGAUUCGGCCAUUGCCUUCAGCCAACUUAACCAGUAUAUCUCAAGCACAGCGGAUCUCAAACAGGCUCUAGAUAGCCCGGAUUACCAGUCUCGUCACGAAUUACUGGAAGAUGCGCUCAAAGAGAGGAUGCAAUCCCUAGCGGAACAAGAAGCUACACCAUCUGGAAUUGAUGCACCGCUGAAUAUCCCAUACCUGAUGUCCCAAAUCCGCCAGGCUUGUCCAGAGGAUACGAUAUGGUGCGUCGAGGCCGUUUCGAGCGCUGGGGCAGUCUCAGAACACAUUCGAGCCACCCUACCGGGCUCCUGGAUCAACAGCGGUGGCGGCGGCCUAGGAUGGUCUGGGGGCGCUGCCUUGGGCAUCAAACUAGCCACUGACGAUAAGAACGGGGGUAAGGCCCAGGGGAAGUUCGUCUGCCAGAUUGUCGGCGACGGCACAUAUCUAUUUAGUGUUCCGAGCUCUGUCUACUGGAUUUCUCGUCGGUAUCAAAUACCUGUGUUGACGAUCGUGCUGAACAACAGAGGCUGGAACGCACCUCGUAGCAGCCUUAUGCUUGUUCAUCCUAACGGUGAGGGAUCCCGGCUAUCGAACGAGGAGCUGAACAUAUCAUUUAACCCUACACCGGACUAUGCUGGCAUUGCAAAGGCUGCUGCGGGAGGCAAGCUAUGGGCUGGUAGAGCCGGGAGUGUAGAAGAACUGGCAAAGGCAUUACCUGAGGCUGUCAAAGCUGUCAUGGACGGUACAACGGCAGUGUUAGAUGCACAGUUAAAUGGCAGGGAAGGGGUGUUUUCCAAAAACUAG